AUGAAACAUCAUCAGGAUACUGUAUUUCAAAUAAUAUCACCGGUGAAGGAACACCCAAUUUCUCUGCAAGAAAUACAUAAUCGUUGUGAAAGAAUAAAAAGAAGCCUUUUCAAGACUGAAGAUGAAAUUGUAGAGUCUCAAACAAGAACACAGUUUGCUCAGCAAGAAGUGUAUAAACACAGGUUUGGUAGAGUGACAGCUUCAGAGAGUCACAGGGUUGGAUGCACUCAUAAGGUUGUGACUUCCCCUUCUAAAAUAAUCAAAGAAGUCCUCUACAGUGACAACAACUACAUUGUAUCAGUCACAGGCCAUGAGAGAUGACUCACAAAAAUGAGCAGCUGGUGAGAGACAAUAACAUUGAAAUGAUGCANCAAUUUCUCUGCAAGAAAUACAUAAUCGUUGUGAAAGAAUAAAAAGAAGCCUUUUCAAGACUGAAGAUGAAAUUGUAGAGUCUCAAACAAGAACACAGUUUGCUCAGCAAGAAGUGUAUAAACACAGGUUUGGUAGAGUGACAGCUUCAGAGAGUCACAGGGUUGGAUGCACUCAUAAGGUUGUGACUUCCCCUUCUAAAAUAAUCAAAGAAGUCCUCUACAGUGACAACAACUACAUUGUAUCAGUCACAGGCCAUGAGAGAUGACUCACAAAAAUGAGCAGCUGGUGAGAGACAAUAACAUUGAAAUGAUGCACAAGCAGAAACACACAAAGGCCACAGUAACACAAUGUGGUUUCUUGAAUGAAAAAGAAAAAGGGAUUUUGGGUGCCUCUCCAGAGGGUCUGAUAACAGACAGAUCCAAGCAGGAAGGAUCCACAUGGAAUUUUUGA